CACUUGGUCACUUCCCCCACCCCACCAUCUUUUCCUCAGCAAUUCAACUACGAAACUGUCAACCAACCCCAUAAUAUAUGGUUUUGUCUAUAUCUCUCUAUUCUAAACGUAAAUGCAUACUUUUGGUGGUUGAGCUAUCUGUAGUUUCUGGGAACUGCUCACCAAAUUAAAUGAAGACCAUGAUGGCCCAAAUAACUACCGUACUAGUAGUAUUAGCUAGCUUUCUUGUAGCGAUAGAGUAUGCUAAUUAAUUAUUCCAGUUAAGUAUUCUAUAAACCACCCUUAAUUAUUUCUCUAUCCUAGCUGAUUCCCCUAGCCUUCUUUUAAAACCCCCUCACUUUUGCUCUUGAUCGACAAAAACUCUUUUGCUCAAGGGAAAGCUGCUUGUGCUUUUCCCUUCCAAUUCUCCAAUAUUGCUUUUUCUCGACAAGUCUUUUUAAGGGAAUUAGCUUAGCUUCUCAUAGACUCUUCCAAACUCCACCCCUUCCUCCUCUGUUUUUAACGAAGCGAAACAAAAACCCACAAUUUCAAACAAGAGAGAGAGAGAGAGAGAGAGAGAGAUGGGUAGUACCAUAGAGAUGGAAAAGGAGAGAUUAACAGCAGAGGUGGCGUUCAAGGACGACUCAUCGUCAGUCGUCAUCAAAAUCCGGCGAAAAUUACCGGAUUUUCUACAGUCGGUGAAGCUCAAGUAUGUGAAAUUGGGAUACGGUAAUUACUCUUGCAACUUUGGCACUGUUGUUAUGUUUAUUGUUGUCUUACCUCUCUUCAUAGCCACUCUGGUUCAGCUGUCCGGUCUAAGAUUCGACCGAAUUCCCGACGUAUGGACUAGCCAAACAAUACUUGUGGACACAUUCACCGCCCUCCUCGGUUCUUUAGUCGUGUUGGUCUUCCUAUUAGCCCUUUACUGGGCUUACCGGCCUAUACCGGUCUAUCUCGUCGAUUUUGCCUGUUACAAACCCGACGACGAACGGAAAAUGUCGGUUGACUCCUUCAUGAAGAUGACCGAGGACAGCGGUGGGUUCGAGGAAGAAACGGUUCAGUUCCAGAGGAGAAUAUCAACCCGGUCCGGUCUGGGUGACGAGACGUAUCUACCCAGAGGGAUUACCUCUAGACCCCCGAAUUUGUGCAUGAAAGAGGCCAGAUCGGAGGCGGAGUCGGUCCUGUUUGGCGCACUCGACUCCCUGUUUUCGAAAACCGGAGUCAAAAGUGAAGAAAUCGGGAUUCUCAUCGUCAAUUGUAGCUUGUUCUGUCCGACUCCAUCUCUGUCCUCCAUGAUAGUCAACCAUUACAAGCUUAGACCGGAUAUCAAGAGCUUCAACCUAGGCGGAAUGGGGUGCAGUGCAGGGGUGAUAUCCGUCGACCUAGCCAAACACCUACUAAAAUCAAACCCUAACACCUAUGCAGUGGUGGUGAGUACCGAAAACAUAACACUGAAUUGGUACUUCGGAAAUGACCGCUCCAUGCUACUGUGUAACUGCAUAUUCCGGAUGGGGGGAGCCGCCAUGCUGCUCUCGAACAAGUCUAAGGACAGGAGUCGGUCCAAGUACGAGCUAGUCCACACGGUUAGAACCCACAGAGGAGCCGAUGACAACAGUUACAACUGCGUGUACCAGAGGGAGGAUGAUAAGGGAGCCGUUGGGGUUUCUCUGGCAAGAGAACUGAUGGCGGUUGCAGGAGACGCUUUGAAAACCAACAUAACCACAUUGGGGCCGUUGGUGCUACCCUUUUCGGAGCAGCUCAUGUUUUUCUUGACGCUGGUGAAGAAGAAGGUAUUGAAAAAAAGCAAGGUGAAGCCUUACAUACCUGAUUUCAAGCUGGCUUUUGAUCAUUUCUGUAUACAUGCUGGGGGUAGAGCGGUGUUGGAUGAGUUGCAGAAGAAUUUGGAUCUCAGUGAGUGGCACAUGGAGCCCUCCAGGAUGACCCUUCACCGUUUCGGGAACACCUCCAGCAGCUCCCUCUGGUACGAGCUUGCUUAUACGGAGGCUAAGGGCCGGGUUUCAAAAGGGGACCGGGUUUGGCAGAUUGCUUUUGGCUCGGGCUUCAAGUGCAACAGCGCCGUUUGGAGGGCUCUUAGGGCGAUUCCUGCUACUGAGUUGAAAGGUAACCCCUGGGCUGACUCGGUUCAUAGGUAUCCGGUCACCAUUCCCGUUUCAUAAGUUGGGGGCAGUUAUGUUGUGUGUGUUACGCAAUUAAUUUCAGUUCUGUAUUUAAUUUUUAUUAUUUGAUAUAUACACAUAAUAUCCACCUGGCUUUAGUAUUACGUAGUAGUAAUUGUCUGCAAGAGGAGAGCCAGUCGAUCAGUCCAUUGACGGACACAUGCAUAUAGUGAGUGAAAUUACCAUUGAAUGGAGGGAUCUGGCGUACGUGGAAGCUGGAAAGGUGGUUGGGUCACAGCUUUUGGUUUUUUAUGGGUCCUGCUUGCCUCGAAGUGGCGGAGUAUUUAUUGGAUUUGUAAUCUAGUCUAGACUCUAGCAAUAACAACCAAAAAGAAGAAAAAACCAAAGAGAAUUGCAACGGUAGAGGAAGAAAUAGAUGAAGUUUGAUUACUACUACUCUUAUUUUCUGCUUGAAAUGGUCAAUCAGCACGUGCCUUGCCCAUACAUGUGGGGAAAAUGGGAAAAGAACGGUAGAUUUGAAGUGCUCUCUCUCUCUCUCUCUCUCUCUCUCUCUGUUAUUUUAUCGGCAGAUUUGAAGUCUCAUUGUCAUUGGAGUGUGUAUAGUAUACUUCAGCUCCUCCAGUCUACAGGAAUGGAGCAGAUUAUUCAAGUCAAUUGUAUUUUAGGUGCCUCUAAUAGAAAUUUCUUUGAGAGUGUUAAAAGUUCA